UAUUAUUAAGAAGUAAUCAAUGGCGACUUCCCAAUCUUCAUCAUCACCAUCAUCAUCAGUUGUGGUGUUAAUGGUUCCAUACUUAGCUCAUAGCCAUCUGGACCAGUCCCUGCAACUCUCCCAUGUCAUUUCUUCAUACGACAUCCCAGUCCACUAUGUCAGCUCAACUCUCCACAUUUCACAAGUCAGCUCUCGAGCCUUGAACUCUCUUCAUCAAUCAACCAAAAUUCAUUUCCAUGGCUUUGAAAUUCCAAAUCCACCCUCCCAGUCUCAAACCACUGACACUGACUCCAAAACAAACAAUUCCCAAGACCAACUCCGCAUUGCCGAAGCCUCCCUGCACCUCCGACAGCUAGUCGCUGCUCUCCUCCGAUCACUCUCGGCAAAGGCCAGACGACUUGUCGUUGUUUACGAUGUCUUGAUGAGUUCGGUAGUUCAAGAUAUCGUUUCUCUGCCCAAUGCAGAAUGUUACUCCUUCAAUGUCGUCUCUGUGUUUUUCAACUUAGCCUUAAGUCGAAAAAUCAAUAUCCCAAUGGAAGAUAUUCCUUCACUGGAGUCAUGUUUCCCAGCUUUCAUGCGCGAUUUCGCAACUUCCCAAGCGAAAUUUUCAGUAACAAAUUUUAAAUCAGCUGGAUCGAUUUACAAUAGUUGCAGAGCCAUUGAAGGCUCUUCAAUAGAGCUUUUAGCAAACGGCCAAAGCAAGUCAAACCAAAGGAUAUGGGCUGUUGGACCGUUACACCAAACAACGGCGGACUCUAAAGAGUUGAGAGAUCAAGACAAGUACUUAUUGGAGUGGCUUGAUGAACAAGAGCCAAAGAGUGUUUUGUAUAUCUCUUUUGGAUCAUUGAUUACAUUAUCUGAUGAGCAGAUUGAAGAGAUUGCUCUUGGUUUGGAGCAAAGUGGGGUAAAGUUCAUCUGGGUGUUGAGAAAUGGAGAUAAGCUAGAUGAUUUGGUAAAUGGAAAAGCAAGCAGAAGUUCAAGUCAAGUUCCAGAUGGGUUUGAGGAAAGAAUGAGGGGAAUGGGAAUGGUGGUCAGGACAUGGGUGCCACAAGUAAAGAUUUUGGAGCACCCAUCUACAGGUGGGUUUAUGAGUCACUGUGGAUGGAACUCUUGUAUGGAGAGCAUUGCAAUGGGAGUGCCCAUAGCGACUUGGCCUAUGCAAUCGGACCAACCUUUCAAUGCUUUGCUGAUUACUAGGGUUCUCAAAGUGGGUGUGGCUGUAAUGGAAUGGGAGCAAAGAGAUGAGUUAGUGACCUCUUCGAUCAUCAAUGGUGCUGUGACGAAAAUAAUGGCUUCAGAAGAAGGAGCCGAGAUAAGGAAGAGGGUCGUGGAAAUGGCUGAAGCUGUUAAACAAUCUGUCGAGGAUGGAGGAGAGUGUCGUUUGGAGCGGGACUCUUUCAUUGCUCAUAUCACCAGAUGAUCUUUCUUUUGUCGUUUUUAUAUUAUCAACUUGUGUUGUCGUUUAUUACUAAUGUUGUUUGACUUUUGGAGCUGUUGCUCACAGGUGUUGCUUUUUUAAUUUUCUAGAAUGUUAUCUCGUUUCACUUGCGAACUGGCAUAGUCGAUGGGUUCAUGAUACGUGAUACGGAGUGGUUUUUAGAGUUUGAUUACAAAACAUAUUUCUGGGUUUUUAUUUCCUUCUUGUGAUUGUCUAUCUUAUU